AUGGAUACCUUUGGAGAAGGACUCAAGGAGUCUGAGCAGGUCUCGGGCCAUGAGGAAAUUAACGCCGUGACGCCUUCCCGCGAGAAUAGCCACCACCCCUAUGCCUGCGCGGCUCCCUUCCGUGGACUACCACGCAAGGGCGAGUAUCUUGCCGAAUGGUGGAAUGUUGCCAUCCCACCCACUACUCUGUGCUGUGUGAGGCAUCGAAUGGCGUUUGCGGCUGAGGUCAGGGCCAUACGAUCGAUAUCACUCGAUCAGGCAAGCGGCCCUAGCCAUCAGUUCAUGCCCACCUCGUCCCUCGCAGACCAGGCAAUAGCGAGCAUCCUGAUACUGCCAGGGACGCUGCGCUGA